AGUGUCGCGAGCACGUUGUGCACGCGCAGGUUUGUGUUGUAAAACAGGAAACGGUGAGAGGCGUUAGCAGCAGUUAGCCUGUUGGCUAUCAGAACUGCGCACAGAAACGAAAUCAGAGCAUAGCGUUUAUCUGAAGAAGGGGAUAAAGAGUAUCGUCUGCCCGGUUGACUGGUUUCAUCGGUGGGACCGACAUGUCAGAGACGUACGAUUUCCUGUUUAAGUUCCUGGUGAUUGGCAGCGCUGGGACUGGGAAAUCAUGCCUCCUUCACCAGUUCAUAGAAAACAAGUUCAAACAGGACUCCAACCACACCAUCGGCGUUGAGUUUGGCUCCAGGGUUGUCAACGUUGGCGGCAAAACGGUCAAACUGCAGAUCUGGGACACGGCUGGGCAGGAGCGCUUUAGGUCGGUGACCCGCAGUUACUACCGUGGAGCAGCAGGGGCUCUUCUCGUGUAUGACAUCACAAGUCGGGAGACCUACAAUGCUCUGACUAACUGGCUGACGGACGCACGGACACUGGCCAGCCCCAACAUCGUCAUCAUCCUGUGCGGAAAUAAGAAGGAUCUGGAUGCAGACCGUGAGGUCACCUUCCUAGAGGCGUCUCGUUUUGCCCAGGAGAAUGAGCUGAUGUUUUUGGAGACGAGUGCUUUAACCGGGGAGAAUGUAGAGGAAGGCUUUCUCAAAUGUGCUCGUACCAUCCUCAAUAAGAUUGAGUCGGGUGAGUUGGAUCCGGAACGGAUGGGUUCUGGGAUCCAGUACGGCGACGCAUCCCUGCGGCAGCUCAGACAGCCCCGGGGCUCUGCUGCACAGGCCAAGCAGCAGUGUAACUGUUAGGGGCCUGGACACCCUGACUGCUACCAGACAUCAGACCAUACACACACAACCUCCCCCCUCAGCUCCGGGUGUCUCUGGGUAUGCACACCCCUUACCCCUCUCCCAAAUGUGACCCUUCCACACCCAGACACAUCUGGAUCAUUUCUCAUGAUGAAGUCCAUCUGCAAACUUUGACCUCUGACCUCAGAAAGCUGUUCACCUAGGACAGAUCUCCCUGACUGCUUUGCGCUGGGCUGGGAGACCCCUAGCGAGGGGCACGGGCAGUAGAGGUGAAUCAAGACCCGACUGAGAGACUGUGCGUGUUUUUAACUUCUCCUGUGAUUCUUACACACACAGUCCCUUCUUAUAAAAUAAACAGCCAUCAUCUAGACUUCACUAGACUGGGAGAAACCAUUCAACGACAGCAGUAGAUGAGACAUUCCUAGGUCUUGAAUCAUUUUAUACAUUGUGACAUAUCAGAUCUUUGUUGGUGUUAAACUGAACGUCCCCUUGAUUUUGUUUUGACAUUCCCAAAAAUGACAAAUAAGCAUAUGAGUGGUCUGUGCAGGUUAGUUGGUCACUUAUUACCACAGACUACAUUUUUACCUGCUAAAAUAUGGCCAGAAAGCUAAAUAUUGAUCUUCUGAGAGAACGUACAGCUCUUAAAACCCCAUAUACACAAAGAUAUUUACACUGUUGCAUUGGUUGUGUAUUUAAAGCGCUUCUAAAAGCACAAAGGAGGGGAAGGGGAAAAAUAAGCAUCCAUUCCGAUCUUGUCAUUCGGUCGGCACUAUCUGGUGAAUAUCAGAUGUUUACCGCCAUCUCAGUCUGGCUUGGGUUAGAGGUUAUCGUCUAACUUAACCUCACCCGUCUUUCUGCACAGACCUCCUACCGUCGGAUUUAUUUUUAGAGAUUGGUGGUUUAAAAAUGUAUUUCACGAAUGCCAAAAAAAAAAAAAGAAAAACCUGCAUACAAAAAUAAUAGAUUAAAUUUAAGCUUUUGGAGUCUGCAUGGGUGAAUCUCCCAAAAACUCAAGGACAUGUUUAAAUCAUAUUUCACCAUAAUGAAAUUAGAGAUACGUUUCCUAAAGAAAAUAAAGGUUACUUUAGGACAAUUAAGAUUUUGGAAAUUUUGACUUUGACAAUUAAGCACAUUUCCUCCUAACUUUUCACAAAAAUAAAUGAUUCUGAUUUUAAAAUAUGUUAUUAUUAUAUCAUAGUGAUGCAAAUAGGAUUUUUUUUAUGCUUAAUGUUCAGAUAAAAAAUGUCACAAUGCAUAAAAAAAAAUUCUGAUAGCAAAAUUUCUUGUGAUUUCUUGAGAUAUUUCUUCGUGAGAUUCAACCCUGUUAUUGAGUUAAAGUUACUUAAAAAGUGUACGCCACAAGUUAUAUUGUUAGAAUGGAAGAAUAUUUCUGUGCAGCAACCAGCUCAGACCCUUCAGACUGCAACACGAUUAAUCUUCCACUGUAGCUGUGGUGUUUAGUCGUGCAUAUUUUGGGUUGAUUUGUUCGUUGUUUGCUCUGGUUACCCAUGACAGGGAGAUCUAGAGGCGAUGAGCGGCGCAGGGCCCCGUUCCCUCAGUGACAUAAUCAUUAUGCACCACAGACAGACCUGUUUUGAUCUGUGUUUUAAAUACUGUCUACGUGAUGUGUGGUUUUUCUUUUUUUUUCUUUUUUUCUCUGCAAGUGCACUUUUUUUGACUGUUUAUAUACUGUACCUACAGAAUUGUAAAAUUUAUAGUAAUUUAAUGAUAUUAAAUGAGAGAAUAUUGUUUGAGGAGUGAUCAUUCCUUACUAAAGAACAACUGAGACUAGUCCGACACCAUUUCAGCGGUAAGGAGUCGUCUUUCCACCUCAGCUGUGGACAAGAACAUGUUGUUAGUCGUAAAUAUGGGGUGGGUGAUCGCCACAUGUCUUCUAGUUCAAGCACAGCCUUAACUGACUAACCGCAUGAUUGUUCUACAUCAUUCAAGAGGCUGCCUCGUACUCUCAUAAUCGUCCGACCUCUUAAAAUGCACUUAAACUGUUUUGUUUGUUUAUUCGGGGGUUUUUUUAUCCAUCAAAAAUUUGGACUCAAAGUAAUAUUCCAAGGUAAAUACAUGUUAAGCUGCACUCACACUAGACUUUGAGUGUGCAAAAUUUGAACGGAUACUGCAAUGUUGAUAUGACGUCACACUCAUUUUAAAAACAUAAUUCAACAUGUAUCUAAAACCAAAAAAAAAUUGCAAUCUAAUCCAAUUUGCUGCAAUGCCAUCUUCUGGUCAAAUGCGGGAAUUCAUUCGGCUGUUGAGUGUAAAUUGGCUGACGCUUAUUAUUGUGGUGCAUUAUGGAAUUGAAUGAGUGCACUCGAUAAUGUCAGACACUGCAACAAAUGGCUGUCUGCACAAAUAGUGCCCUAUUUAAGGGUAUAGGGGGCGAUUUCGGACACAGCAAAGUACAUUCUUUCUUUUAAUACAGCUAAGAGUUUGUGUGUGACAUGUCUUCUGUUGGUCACAUGUGAUAUGAAUUUGUAGAGCAGAGUUCACCAAACUUAAAGCGAAAUUCACAUGCACUUGCGUUUUCUGUUUUCCGCAUUCACAUGCUUAACUUGUGGUCACAUUUAAUGUAGUUUGGCAAAUUUUCGCAGGUGAGAUCCAGCCAGUAUAAUAGGAAUUCACGUAAUCAUGCAUUUCACGCGACAAGAAAUUUCACGAGAAAGAUUUCCCCCAUGCAGAUUUUGCAGCAGGUUCAGAUUGGUUAUGCAGACUCGCCACGUUGACAAACCGAAAACUUAAUUUUAAGAUUUAAAAGUGACUUCUUUUUGAGGUGUGCUUUAUACAUUGCUCCGUUAUUGUUGACAAUAGACAGUUGACAUUUUUGUCUGUGAAAUUUCACCAAAAUUUCGCUAAUGUGACUGCACGCAAUCAGUGGAAGUCAAAGGAAUGAAAACUGUAGUGUGACUGCAUUGCUUUCCAGAAAAUUAUUUCAAUUUUAUGCACUUAAGGUACGGUCACAUUUAUUGUUGCGCUGCAAAAUUUCGCUGGCAAAUUCCAUGAAUUUCAACAGGAAUCUGUGCCAUUGAGAGUUUCACGCAAGUGCGAAAAAGUUCGCCAAGCAGAUUUUGCUCAUGUUCAAGUUGGUCACGUGAAUUCGCCAUGCUGACCAACAGAUAACUGCUUUGUUUGAAAGUGACUACUGUGUGAGCUGUGCUUUAUACAUCGCUACACUAUUGACAAAAAGGACCAUUUACGCAAAAUUGCGGUGAAAUUUUGCAGACAAAAAAAAUGGUCCAUUUUCAAUUUCCUGAAUGUGAUCACGCCUAUACAAGUGGGGAAAGCAUUGUUUUUUCAAGUAUGUUACUGAUGCUGCCCAAUGUAUUUAACCUGGAAUAUUCCUUAUGGUGACGAUAUUAGUGGGUUUGAAACUUUAAAUUUACAGAGCGAUGCUUUAUGGUCCCAUUGAAAUGUGUUAAACGAUGUUAAGAAGGGUGAUCGCGAUUAUCGUUGCUCAGCUAAAUUUAAGUUUAUUUUAGUUUAUUUAUUCGUCGUUUUUUUGACAAUUCCACCAGGAGAAAUUUACUGUUCAGAUUUUUUUUUUCUUUUUUCCCUUUUUCUCUGUGUGUGCGAAAUCCAUUCAUUUGAAUAGGAAUCCACUCGAUCGGGAAUUUCACAUGAUGGUGAUAGAUUUCCCCACGCAGAUUUCACAACUGCUUCAAGCUGUGUGGUUUGAAAGUGACUCCAAAUGCGAGCACCAUUGACAGUAGACAAUGGAUGUUCUUUGUCCACGAAAUUUCGCGAAUGUGACCGAACCUUUAGUAGAGAACCACUACUUGAGCCAGAAGAUAUUCAAUGGCUUAUGCAGUGGAGUUUGGUAGCAUUUCAUGACCAAAUAUCAAUAUGGAUUGCAUUUGAAGAGUAGUUCAAAGUACUGCAUAAAACCAGUUGUUGCUUAGUAACCAGUGUGAUUUUUUUUUUUUUUUUCAUUCAUAAA